AUGGACUUUUAUUUCGUGCAACGUUUUUCUGCAUUAGCUAAAACGUACAUCAGUCGUGUGAAAGAAGGUAUCUCUAUCAACUCUAGUCUCCUUGCUCUUGGAAAUGUGAUCUCGGCCCUUGGCGCCGUAGUCAACCAGGAAGAACCCGGAUGGAAUGAUGUUAAGCAUCUUCAGGGAUUGGUGUUGAAACUAAGAGAACAGAUUAGGAUGUUGAAGACCAGCUUUAGGAUGAAAACCCCUUUGACUUUUGUUACUAACGGUGAUAAAACAAAAAAAUUUUCUGAUAUCAAUGCAUUAGAAGAUGAGCUCGCUAAUCAACAGCUUUCAUAUCAGUUAACGCAGAAACACGCAAAGAAUAGUCAACCAGGCUCACCAAAAUAUCUCAGUUCUAUAAAGGAAGAAUUUGGUCGUCAGCUGGAAACUCAAGCCGCAGAAGCUCAGAAUGAGGAUGUUGUAAAAUUAGGGCGCGAACUGGGCAGCCGCAAUAAGCACAUUUUUCAACUAGAAAGCAAAGUAGAAGAACUCGUAAGCGAUUCCGCAACGCAACAUAAAGCACACCAAGCAACUAUAGCAGAAUUUACAGAUCUCAAAGCCAAGUACGCAUCAUGUUUGGAUGAAGUUAAUGAUUUGACUACACUUCUUGCUUUUACGACAUCCACUUUAGUUAUAAUUACGCCUUUCAUCGUUAUGAAGAUUAAGAAUAA